AUUAAUCAAGUUUUUUUCAGCGACUUUCAGAAUCAAAAUGGCGGAUCCAGAGAAACAAAAUCCACCAGAACCGGCCCCAGCCCAGACCCAGUCAGCUGGCGGGAUCACUCUUAACGUUAGCUACGUUAAGUCACCAAGAGGAAUCAUAAAGAUUGUCGAAAUCUUUCUUCUCAUGAUCGCCUUCUCCUGCCUGGCAGACAUCUGUGUUAACUGUACAGGGCGAUAUAGUUUUUUUCUUUUCUCUACAAUCUUCCCGUGGAUCCUCUGCAUCAUUAUCUUCGUCCUCUACCUCUUCUGCCUCGUGGAGAAAAUCCCACAAAUCAAUUGGACUUUGACGGUGAUGAUCAACGCAAUCCUUUGGGCCCUAGUGAUUCUCACCUCGAGCUCUCUUGUUGCUGAUGACAUUAGAAAAAGGAAAGAGUAUUCAAGGGGCUAUUACGUUGUUUUUAUCCCUGACAACCUUUAUGCCGCUGUGGUGUUUGGCUUCCUCUCUGUCGUUGCCUUCGUCGUGGACGCCAUUUUUCACUUUCAACACUACCGUUCAUAAACUACAUGCUAAUAUAGCUACUCACCAGAAAACUUGUGGUAGAAAACUUGUAGGUUAAUCAAAAUACAUAGAAGCAUACUAGAGAAAAAGAGGCAAAAAUGUGUGAGUGACGCUUCGUAGAAGGGAAUAUCCGGAUUCUGGAUCACAAGAGGUACACUCCGGAGGAUCUCAGAUUCCUCCGAGCUCUUAUGUUCCAAGUUUUAUUUUUCAGGGUCUUGAUUCCCUUACUUGGAGUACUAGUCAAGUGAAAUAAGAGUUACUUUUAUCUUAAUUUAGUUGCAGUAUUUUUGUAUGUGGUCUUCUCUUUUUAGAGAUAAAUAUUUGAAAUAUCGAUAUGCUAAUGAGAUGACGUAAAUUCUAGAAUGUGGUACAUUUUGCAGUGUGAUUGACAUCAAGUGUUCUGAAGUGAAAUAACCUAAAAGUGUACAAAGCCAUAUAUUUCAGUUAUAAGGAUGAUUUGCAAAUGAAAACAAAACCAGCUGUUCUUUCCACAACAGCAUUUUAGUAUAACAAAUUAGUCUUGAAUUUACGUCAUCUCAUUUGCAUAUUGAAAAUUCAAAUGUUCAUAACUCUGGAAAGAGAAGACCACAUACAAAAAUACAAAAUGAUUUUGAAAAUAGAAUUUUUUUCCUUUAUAUACACCUUACUAUUUCUUGAGAUAAGGGACCAGUCAGUUAUUUAGGUCUGAUGGGGAGGGGGGGGGGGGGGAGGAAGAAAUGGGGGGGCUCUCAAACGAUUGAAGGUGGGGUACCCGAAAAACAUCAAUGCUAUUAGGUAGGGGUCUGGAAAGUUUUUUGGAUCAAAAACAUUCUCUCCUCCAUCCCCCCCCGGCGAAAAAAAAAAGAGCAUGUUACGUGACCAUUGUCCGCCAUAUUAGAUGACAACUAAGGUAGGCUCCCAUAUUUUGUAUCAAACUCAACUCCAGUUCCAGAAAAGCGUCUGUGAAUAGUUUUAGUUUUAUAAUUAGUUUUGUAAUCUUUGUAGUAUAGUUUUGUAAGUUUUGAAUUUUAAACGAGUAAAAUUAAGAAUAGACGAAUUAAACUCUUUACUAGCCUUGAA